AGAGGAGUACUUUGACUUUAGUGAGUUUGUUGACGUCUAAAUAAGAGAGACCAAAGUCCGUCGGAAGUCGGUCACCAGAUGGCACUGUUUGCAUGGAAGAGAUAGCAGACGGAUUUGAGGCAGUCGAACUGCCUCAUGCUCGCUACCAAGGAUACUUUUAGGCAUCGAAUCAUGCUUAAGUUUGGCAUGAUCGUAAAGUCGGACGCUCUGUACCUUCUCUGGCACCUAAGAAGGCGAACUUCCAACGGUAUUAUAGUUUUGACCUUGCCGCUUUGUAUGUGGAUGAACGGUGACAUUUCUCAGUUAAACAUUCCACAUCCAUCAGCAUUAUAUGCAAAGGCUUAUCUAUGUGGAUGAACAGUGAUGUAGGCUACAGGGACAGCGAACUCUCGAGUGAAAAUCGUUUCUGUCAGUGGCCGUGACCUCAUACGACCUACAUACCCUUGUCACGUGACCAAAAUCCUGGGUGUGGUGAAAGGGGGUAGCAUCGACAAAUCAGGAAGUAUGAUACUUCUGCUUCUGGGGUGGGUGCCUAAGAUGAGCUUAUUCCACGACAUUAAAUUAAAACGAAGGAAAGUAGACUCACGAUGCAGCAGUGACGGUGAGACAAGUGUUGAUAUAAACAUGUCAUCUCCCGAUAGCGGUGCCGGUACAGAUCCAUUCCAAAGAGAAGGAGAUACAGUAACAGCGGGCCUCGCAUCCGACGACGGAGGAGAUGCCUCGGGUCCAGAAAUUUGGGAGCCGGAAGAGACGGAGGAGCCGACUGAAGGACAACGCAAAAGAUCACGCUGUACGGAUCAGGCGCGAAAUACUCCAGUCGAUCACGGGAAUCAGCAGGAUUCCGAAGAAGAAAGUGAGAGACCGACGGAAAGUCCUCAAGUAGAAAGAAGAAACAGCGUUUUUGACGGAGGAGGGGAUUGCAAAGACGGAAAGGAAGACGAACAGGGUUUGGAUUUAAGUAGUCCGACGCGUCAAAGAGGAACCGAACAUCUACCCUAUUUGAGUCCUCAACUAUGGCCUCCGUCGAGUGCGAUGUCUUAUAGAAGACAUUUUAGUAGUAGUAGUAGCCAGGAGGAACUAGUCGAAAGUCGGUAUCAGUCCCCUAAUUCCCAAGAAGAGGAUUCACGGUCACAAUUCCGACCACCACUCUUGAUGGGAGAAUUGCAUGGUAGAAAAACUAUGGUAUGGACAGGUCCACAGAUGUUGGGUCGCAGGCCGGAGAGCACAGCUACUUCGACUAGCGAUCCUCCAAAUCCUCCACGCAGAGUAUCUCCAUCACAAACUCCGACUGGUACGGAGGGAGGUGGUGUUGCACCUCGUCCUCUAUCGCCCCGCUCUCAAGUAUUCGCUUUUUUCACUGCGGCAGCUGUCACGACUCCUCAAUAUGGUAGUAUAUUGAAUCCCUCUCAAUCUUCGAUCCCCGUUUCUUCACCUUAUUCCACAACAAGAAUCACGUCGAAUGAAACUGUAGUUAAUAAUUAUAAUUUUAAUGCGGGAUCUAGUAGAACACCCUACAGUCCUUCCAUGGGGACUUUGGAUAAUAACAGAAACAGUGAGGAAGAAAAUACAUAUAGGUUAACCGCAUCGAGUGAUGCACCGACUCCACCUUCUCAGCGUUCUUUCUGGAGUUCGCAAACCACAGAAAAAGUGGCUACUUCCUCUACUUCUCAACAACCAGACUCUCAAGCCUUGAACUUAACAGUCGCUGUAUAUACGGGGAGUGCUACUACUUCGCGAGGUACGACGGGAGAAGACGACGACGACGAUCAACCCAUGGUGUGUAUGAUAUGUGAGGACAAGGCCACGGGGCUUCAUUAUGGUAUCAUCACUUGUGAAGGGUGUAAAGGUUUCUUCAAAAGAACAGUCCAGAACAAGAGAGUGUAUACGUGUGUAGCCGAUGGUAAUUGCGAGAUUACUAAGGCACAAAGGAAUAGAUGUCAAUAUUGUCGUUUUCAAAAAUGUCUACGGCAAGGAAUGGUUCUAGCGGCGGUUAGAGAAGAUAGAAUGCCAGGAGGAAGAAAUUCUGGUGCGGUUUAUAAUUUGUACAAGGUGAGUGAGAUCUGCCGUUCCGUUAAAACGUCCGAAUUCUUUAUUGUUUACGUUCGUCGUAUUUUACAGGUAAAAUAUAAAAAACACAAAAAAGGUCAGAAAAACGGCCACGUUCGUCAGGAACAGCAAAAACUUCAACCUCGCUAUCCUACUCAAGAUUGGGCAAAUGGGCAAAUUUUAAAAACGGCUCUAACCAAUCCUGCAGAUGUCAUCCAUCUAAGACACAGAAUAGAGAAUUUUCGUCAUUGUCAGAUGCCCACCGAGCAAGCAGUCGCCAUGAUAACCCAAUUAAUAGACUGUGAUGAUUUCGAAGAUGUAGCUACACUAAAAAACAUCCAAGAACUUUUAGAUGCAAAAUCGGAAUUAACUGAAAAAUUAUGUCAAAUAGGAGAUAACAUUGUUUAUAAAUUGGUGCAGUGGACCAAGAGAUUGCCUUUCUAUAGGGAACUCCCCGUAGCCGUCCACACUCAACUUUUGACCCAUAAGUGGCAUGAGCUCUUAGUGCUUACAACAUGUGCCUACCAGGCAAUACAUGGAAAUCACAAGUCUACAGAUAGUUCGAGUUCUGACCCUACGAUCGAUCUUCAACAUGAUAUUGCUGCUGAUCUCUGCACUUUACAAACUUGUUUAGCCGCCAUGAUGGGUCGACCCUUUACAUUAGAACAAUUAAAACUAGAAGUGGGUCCGCUAGUGGAACAUUUGGCCCAACUGACAGCAUCCUUUCGAAGAUUAAGGCUUUGUAUAGAAGAAUAUGUUUGUCUAAAGGUGGUCAUCAUGCAGAGCCAAGAAGAUACCCAGGGAAGAAGAGAACUAGAAAAUAUCCAAGAACGUUACCUAACAGCUCUUCGAGUAUUUGUGGAAAACAGAUUUCCUCAGCAACCAGGACGUUUCAAAGACUUGUUGGCACGACUCCCAGAAGUACAAGGGGCUGCUGCACUUUUGGUUCAGAGCAAAAUGUUCUAUGUCCCAUUCUUAUUGAACACCACUGUUAGUAGAUAGCAACAUCUGGUGAAUGUCGGAGAGAAGUUUGGUUGCGAAUCACGCUGCUACCUGUGACUUUUUGCCAUCGGACUGUCCAGAAUGCAGCCAGCCGAUCAAUUGGCGGUUGCCAGCCUUCGUCUGGUCGUCUUCGAUGGCCCAAGCUGUGCAAUACUUGAGCUGGAGGAGCAAAUGUGUACAUGAUGUUAAUAGUCUCCAUGUUUUACCAUUGGAUGGUCAGAUCUUAUAUGUUGUCCUUCAAAAGCCACUGUUGUUGGCUAAAGCGUUCUGUUGAGAGAUUAAAAAAAAAAAGCAUGUACUUCAUUUCUUCAUCAUUCUUGUUGUUUGUUGUGAUUCUUUUUCUAAGUAUUAUAAACGCGACAUAAGCAUCGAAACGUUCUAAAAAAAUCAUCUAUAAACGCACAAAUUAUCAUUAUAAAUAAUAUUACGUAAUCGUAAACAGAUAGAUCAUGUUCGAUAGGAGAUCAUAAAAUAUGCAAGAUUUUAUUUAAUGCUAGCAGCGAGCAUCCAUAACGAGAAUAAACGAACGAUCGGUUAAGAAAUCGAUAGUUGUUGAGUGUUGUUAUCAAGCAGAUAAUGUGAUUUU